AUGGAGCAAGAGAUUUUGAAAAGACUAGUUUUGGCUAGCGACACGACAAUUAUUGGCAUGGGGGUGGAGCCGGUGGUGAGCAGAGAGCAGCCACUAUCGAUCUUACACACUCUCCACAUGAUGCUGCUCUGUUGUUGUUGGCCAGUCCAUAAAUGCGUUACGGUGCUGUCAUGCUUUGAUACGUUGAUUGUCACUGUACUCGCUUAUAAGUCUUUCAAUGCACUUUCAAGCGCCAUACACGACCCGGACUGGUUCACUGUACUUUUCUUCUUAUUUUUCCUGGGUUUCGCCACUUGCCAGAUUAUUGCUACCAUAUUCAUCAUAUUGGCACAUAAGCGAAAUAUUGCACGUUAUUGUUACCCUCGAUUAGUGCUUAUCGCUGGCCUUACUAUUUGUUCUGCUAUUGCUUGCAUAGUUAUGCUGUUUUAUUUCGGUGGAGCGCAAGCAACAAUGAACAACUUUUUCUUCCGCGUUUACGAGUACUUUUUCGAAGAAGUGGAUGCUUUGGAGAGGGCAGAGCUCAAAUCCGAACUGAGAAUGUAUGCAGCAGGUUUUUUCGUAUUAGCACUCACCUUCUGUGCCUACAGCUUAUUCGAACUAUUCCUUACUAGAAAGUUCUAUCUGUCGUUGGAUGACUUCACACCCAUUCCUCAAAGUGACCCUUCAGCCCCUCAACCAGCGUUCAAUCCAGAUUUUGCACAAGCGCCUGUUGUAUAAUGUUUUCGGUGUCUACGUCAAAUCUGCCCGACUCAAUAAACUGGAAAAAAGUUUCGUUGGAGUGUUUUAUUUUUAUUUUUGAGAUCAACUUGAGUCUAGACUUUUCUUUGUUCUGUUAUUCAUUUCUGAUUGCGUGCUGCAUUCCUUAUUUUAUUCAUUUGAGGCAUGGCGAUGUAGAAUGGAUUUUCUAGACUAGAUUUUCUAUUCAUGUCAUAUAAAUGUUAACAUUCCAUAAGAACAAAUUUGUUUUUUUUUUCUAUUUCUCUUGUGCUUAAGUUACUGCUGGUUCGAACUGCGAGGAUCUGAUCUCAUGUAUAUGUUGUUGUUCAGUGAAAUGU